AUGUCAACAUCAACAUCAUCAUCAUCAUCAGAACGAACACGAUUUACAGCAGAAGAACGACGACAACGAAAUAUUCAGUCAGCAAAACGAUCAAAAUCGAAACAAAUUCAAUUGGAGAAAAAUGUAUUAGCUGAAAUUGAUCGAUUAGAAAAAGAAAAUGUGAAUCUACAAAAUGAAAUUGUUGAAUUAAAAUCGAAACAAUUUCGUUUACAAUUGAUUUUAUUUGAAAUAACAUUAUUUGAAAAUAGUUCUUUAUUGUUAUGUGAUAAAUCAUAA